GCUGAAAGCCACAUUCCUCCUAGCUACACACGACUAAUUUUAAAGAACGAGAUCUCCUCUGGGUAACAUUCAAAAUCGAUCAUUCUCCUUGCGAAGCAAGUCUUUGCGCAACAGUUGUCGCACAAUCUUUCUCGCAAUCAUGGCAUGGGGACGCUCAUCAACCCCUCCCCCACCUCGCUCAGCCUUGAGCAAGCUCCUCCCUCUCGUUAUACUCUUCAUUGUUCUCGGCGCAUUUGCCUUCGUUGGAUACCACCUCUAUCUCACGUUCCAAAAGAUAUCCGAUACGACCUCAGAGAAGAUGCAAUCUAAGAAUGUAGUGUUCACCAAGGACGGCCUGAAGGUGGGAGUGAAGGAGAUGAAGACCGAGACCUACGUCGACACAACGCAGGGCUUCUUAGUCAAGGCGUGGAAUCUAGCCGAAUGGCCAAGCUACAAGUCGAGGCUUUGGAAUCAAGAGGCAGCUAUCAACAGCGGAAAAGAAACACCAAAAGCCGAGUCCAGAAAUCCGUGAGUACUCUUUUCAAUUGAAAGAUCCAGAGCCAUUGUUGUCCUUCGGCGUGGCGAUCUAAUUGGAAAGCUGCAACUCAAUUACAAAUCAAUACAAACCUGGGGACGUAAGCUAACCUCUGAGGCAGAUUCUCAAGACACUCCUCCUCCACAUCCACAAAAUAACCUCUCCAAAC